CUCUCUCUCUCUCUCUCUCUCAUACACACACACACACACACACACACGCACGCCCACCGGCGUGGCGCUCGAGUCACGUGCCUCCGGGAGCUGAGUCUCGAGCGGAGCGCAGAGCUCAGAGAUGGAGAGAAGCGCGCGGCGGAGCCGGAGACACGGCAGCGAGCCCGCGCGGACACAGAUGGUCGCGUUUCGUCUCCCCGCGGAUUAAAAUGACCCCCUUUCUGGCAGCGGAACUUUCCGGAGCUCCGAGACACGCGGCUCGGCGCGCGCCCGGCAACGUCGCCCGCGACAAAGGGCGCAGCGCUCGGGGCUGAUACUUUGUAUCGCUCGUCUCUUUGUUCCGCCACAACUCGCGAUGAGGCUGAGCGGCGCGUGAGUCGCCCCCGUGACGAGGAGUCCCGCGCGGCAGGAGCGAGUGCGAACCGACUCCGACGGGCGGGCGCGCGGGUCACCAUGAGGGCGCUGCCGGCCGCUUUCCUCGCGCUGCUCCUGCUGUGCACGUGCGCCUGCGUGCUGCUGGUGUGGAGCGGGCUGGACGGCGCGGCGGACAUGGGAGUGGACGGCAGGGCGGUGGAGCCCGGGUCCCGCGCGGACCUGUCGCCGAAAACUUUCCGCGCGCUGCUGGCCGUGGCCGGGCUCCAGAGAGAGCGGGGCGGCGGGACCCCCCACGUGGAGUCGGAGUCGGAGCCGGACCUGGACCUCGCGCUGCGGGACGAGCUGCUGUGGCCCGAGCGCCUGGACGCGCUCCUCCCGGAGGCGUUCGGCGAAGCGCACGCCCGCGCCUGGGCUCUGAAAGCCCGCCGGAGCGCAGUGGUCUCUCUGGAGCCCGGCUGCGGGAGGGCGUCCAACCGGCUCGCCACGUUCGCGGACGGCACGCGGGCGUGCGUGCGCUACGGCAUCACGGAGGAGCAGGUGCAGGGCGAGACGCUCUCCUUCUACCUGGCCGCGUUGCUGGGCAUCCGGAACCUGCCGCCGCUCGCGCUGUCGCAGCUGGACCCCGAGAGCGAGCGCUGGGCGGCCGUGAGGGGCGCCGUGCACCAGCUCGGCUGGUCCUGGGGGGCCGUGGUCUCCCUCACCGAGUGGGUGGCCAACCUGACCGGCGUGGUCACCCCGGCGCCCCUCCGGCAGCACGGCGCGGGGCUGCGACCGUUGCGCGAGGAGCUGCGCAACCGCAGCGUGCAUGAGGUGCUGGAGCUCGUGCAGUGGUCCGACCUGGUCCUGUUCGACUACCUGACGGCCAACUUCGACCGCCUCGUGAGCGGCCUCUUCAGCCUGCAGUGGGACGCGCGCGUCAUGGAGCGGGACGCGAGCAACCUGCAGAGGACGCCGCGCGGCGCGCUCCUGCUGCUCGACAACGAGGCCGGCCUCGUGCACGGCUACCGCGUGCUGCCCAUGUGGGAGGGCUACCACGGCGCCCUGCUGCGCUCGGUGUGCCUCUUCAGGGAGAGCACGGCGCGGCGCGUGGCCGAGUUGCAGCGCGCGCGCGACGCCGGCGCCCGCCUUCGCGAGCUGUACGUGGAGGGCGAGCCGCUGGCCCGCGCGCUGGGCUUCCUCUCCGACGAGCACGAGCGCGUCCUGCAGGACAGGGUGGACCGCGUCCACAGACACAUCGUGCACUGCAAGGAGCGCCACGGACGCGCGUGAUCGCCCGCGGCAGUGCCGUGCGUGACCCGGCUGACUCCUCCCCGUGGGUGAUCCGCUCUCCUACCUCUCGCGGGCCAACAUUCCGUUCGUGGUCACGGCCCGAGACGCGCUUUUGCCCCACGCAGAAAAAUACCCACCACACUUUUAAUUGAAGCCUUAAAAGUCGCAAUUAUUUCAUAAAGGAAUUAAUGUGUCGGGAGCGCGCAGACGCGCGGCAGGACUGCGUGGCACGAGGACAAAGGAACACUUAAGGAGUCAACAGGAGCCUUAUUGUGUCGCACGCGUGGGUGGGAGCCGCGGGACCCCUCCGCUCGGUGGGAUUCCAUCUGUGGGGAAGAGACACGCAGCAGAUCAUGGUUGUGUUCAGAGCCUUAAUGAAGUCUGAUCCCUCACUUAGGAGGGGUGUGUGUGCGUAUCGUGUCACGGAAGAACCAAGUGCUUCUUUUUUAAAGUCGGACUUUAUCCAGGAUGACCCUGUUUCGUUGGGAGGACUUGACUUUGCGCUGUAAUGUCAUGUGGGACCUCAGUGGUGUCAGUGUGUUGUGCCCUGGACUCCAUGGGUCAUGUGGUGUGCAGAAAAAGCCUCAGUGUGUGUGUGUGUGUGUGUGUGUG